AGGUCCAGUGCAAGAGCUAUAACUUCAACACGAGUACACGACCAUUGUGAGUCUUGAUUCUCGUUCAACUUUGUUGUUCUGAUGUUUCAAAUACUCGCCCACCACCUGAACCACCGCCUCACUCUGGGAAGAAGAAGAUGAUCAAGCGGAUCUCCUUUUCGGUGGCUGGUCAAAUUGAUGUUUCAAGAAAUUUCUAUUCGACUGAUUUCCCUUUGUUGGUUGCUGGUCAAACCAAUUCUCCCUUUCCGGUGGCUGGUGAAGCCGGAUCUUUUAGCUAUACUUUUUUAAUUUCUCUUUGGAGUAGCAAGAACAUCUGCAAGGCUGUUAGACUAGACUACAUUAUUGCGGGAUUAGCGAUCUGGAAGGAUUCACUGAAUCUGUUUCGUUCUAUGUCUCAUCCCAUUUUAGUCUCAGACUAUUCAUUCUCUUGUAUUUUUGCUAUCGUUUAAUAAUAAAUUAGUUUAAACAAAAUACUUCCUCCGUUCUUAAAUAAAUGCAAUGGUCAACAUUUCAU